CUUGAGAUGAAAACUGAGAUGAGGGACCAGAACUGAGAACAACUAGUAUCGUUUUUACCGGCUAUAUUCAAGAUUUGUAGAAGAGAUGUCUAGGGAAAUUGAAGAGAUUGGAGAAGAUAGCCAGAGUACUACAAUAAAAGAUGCAGAAACUAAUGAUGUUUAUGUAGUUGUUGGGAAAAAUGACUUAUAUGUUGUUCAAUGGGCACUUGAUCAUGCUGUUUCCCCUGGAUUUCGCGUCUGCCUCGUGCAUAUUUUUCCUACCAUUAAGUACAUUCCAACACCAGUUGGGAACUUAUCAAGAAGCCAAUUGAGCAAAGAGCAAGUGCAAGUCUACAUCAAUGAAGAGAAUAACAGGAGGAAGAGUCUCUUGCAGAGAUACAUUCGCCUAUGCAACGAUGCCAAAGUACCAGUUGAUACUAUGCUUGUGGAAAGCAAUUCACCAGCUAAAGCAUUACUUGACCUUAUUCCUAUUGUCAACAUUACCAGCCUUGUCAUUGGAACCAGGCCAUCGCGUUCCACGAGGCUAGUAAAGAAGGGACAAGAUAUAGGAGAAUAUGUUCAAAAAAAUGCACCAGAAUUCUGUGAGGUUAAAGUGGUUAGCCAAGUGCAGCAGCUUAAACAAAGUUUUAAUCGAACGCAGCCUGAGAUUACAAGAAAUUCUGAUAGGAAUUUCCUUGAAUGCAUAUGCUUUUCCAGAAAAUUCGAUUGAAACGUUGGAAACAAGAAUGUGACAAGUUUUCUUCCCAGUACUUUAGCUUACUGUAAUAGUGAACAUUAUGUUUUUGUUAUUAAGUUCUCUUGCAUAUAACUCGACAAUGUUUUGUUCAUAAAGAAAUCAUUUCUAUUGCAACAUAGACA